AUGUCUGCACAGUGCGACGUCACGAGAAGCGCUUCUCACACGGCGACCAGAGAGUGCCACGACUACGGAGCCGGCUCUUGGCUCCGUGUCCGAUUCCACCUUCGGAUAGAAAAGAAAUCCAACGAGAUGGCUAGUGGUCUUGCGGUGGUUUCCUCAAUCGAUUACCUUGCGCAACUGCUUCUACCUGAAAAUACUCGGCCUUCCACGCGGAAGGUUGCGAAUGUGGAUGUCGGGUAA